GUUCGCAGCAGUUGAUGACGCUAAAAAUAUGCGCGUAACCUUGUGCUACUGGGCUGCUGUCAAAUCAGCUUUUGAAACGGUGUUAAAAACAUAUUUUUGAUGCUAUAUUUUGCCGUCAAUAUUAUUCUGGAGUCAUGAGCAAAUAUAUUUUACCAAUUUCUUUUUUUGGAACAGUGUGUGGAGCUUCUGUUUUACUGAAGAACCAUAUGACUGGGGGCCGGUGUCCCAGUAAAGCUACCAUACAAGGCAAGACUGUGGUUAUAACAGGAGCCAACACCGGCAUCGGGAAAGAGACUGCCCGAGAAUUGGCCAAGCGAGGGGGUCGGAUCAUUAUGGGAUGUCGGGACAUGGAGAAGUGCGAGGCGGCUGCAAAGGAAAUACGAGGGAAGACCCUGAAUCCUCACGUUUACGCGUGCCACCUCGACUUGGCUUCCAUGAAAUCUAUUCGAGAGUUUGCAGAGAGAAUCGAACAAGAGGAGCAGCGUGUGGAUGUACUCAUAAACAAUGCAGGGGUCAUGAGAUGUCCAGCAGGGAAGACAGAAGAUGGCUUCGACAUGCAGUUUGGAGUUAACCACUUAGGCCACUUCUUGUUGACAAAUCUUCUGCUCGAUAAGUUGAAAGAGUCCGCCCCCAGCAGAGUGAUCAACCUGGCCUCUCUCGCCCACAUCGUUGGAAAGAUUGACUUUGAGGACUUGCAAUCAGAGAAAAAGAAGUUUGAUACCAAGCAGGCGUACUGUCAGAGCAAGCUUGCCAACGUUCUGUUCACCAGAGAGCUCGCCAAGCGAUUACAAGGCACCGAAGUCACAGUGAAUGCUGUGCACCCUGGCGUUGUUGCCACGGAGCUCGGGAGGCACACGGGUCUGCACCAAUCACAGUUCUCGAGCUCUGUGCUCAAUCCCUUUUUCUCCCUGUUGGUGAAGAGCCCAGAGCUGGGGGCCCAGACCAGCGUCUACCUGGCGGUGUCCGAGGAGAUGGAGGGGGUGACGGGAAGGUACUACGAUGUGAUGACAGAAAAGGAACCGGCGCCCCAGGCCCUGGAUGAGGAGGCAGCUCGCAGGCUGUGGGAAGUCAGCAGCAGGCUGGUGGGUCUGGAGGACGAAGGGCAAUCCGGCAAGUCAAACCCACCGACAGAAGUCCAGAGCAGAGCCGCACAGACACUCCUCGAGCAGACGCACCGACAGAGCCCAGGACCAUCUGUCAGUGCUGUUGGGCUGUAGGCCUGCUCUGGCCUCUGGGCCUGCAGGGGAUAAAGGACCUUUAUGACUUGAGCUGUACCAGGCGUACUGAAACCAUUCACUGUCUGAGUCUGUGAGUCUGGUUGUCUGUAUAAAAGGGCGUGUUUUGUAAAAGCCUUUAUGUUCCUGCAUCAGGAUAUUUUCUGUAAAACAUGUUUAACAAGCAGCCUUUCACAAUGGACUCUGAAAAAAAAGUGAGACUAUGUAAUUAUUCUCUUUACAAAUGACACUCUUCGGGGUUUUACUGCCACAGCCUCACUUGGUCUGGUGUGACCUGUAGCUCAUGGUGGCUAAUGUUGGCAAACAUUAAAUAAAUAUUGCUGCGUAAUUAA